AGGGCAUCAGCAGUAAGUGUCCAGAGAAGAUAGAAGCUGCUUCACACUUACGACCCAGCCCAGGAGUCACACACUAUUGCUUCCACUGCAUUCUCGAGGUUCCAACUGAGUCUCUAAGGUCAGCCUUAAAAGUGUCUCAUGUAGAUCUUAAAUAUGAGAAGAUAUUUCUUCCCUCAUUUUCCCUUUCCUACUCUCACAGCCCCGUUGUGAUAAUGACAGGACAAAGUGAAGAUUAAACAGAACACAUUUUCUGUACAUUUCUGUAUUAACAUGGACUAUAUAUGUAGCUAGCACUGUGACAUAGAGCUUUGAGACAGUGUUCUUCCAAAGCUCGAGAGAUUUUAUCUUGUAAGUGCUUCUGUUUUAUCCAGUCCAGGCCACCCAGAGUCAGCGUGCCCAUGUUUAAACAGGAGAACACACGACUGACCACAGGUACAGUGUGUUUGAAAAACAGCACCAAAACCCGUUUCACAAGCACUCUGUAGGAAUUGAUUAAGAGAGAUUUUUAUAAAAGAAUCAAAUUCUAAAGUUUCCUGCAUUUUUGGGGCAAUUUUUCUUCAAGCCCUGGCAAAUCUAGUAUCUUAUUUCUUCUGUCCCAAUGGCCUGUUUAUCUAUUGUGUUGUUAUAUACUUUUAUGUUAUUUCUGUAGUCUUGAAGGAUACUUUAAAAUUUGCUAUUUCUUAAAUCUUUUAAGGGUAAUUUAACUAUUCAUGGAUCUUGAUUCCACCAUAUACAUUUUAGGAUAGGUUUUUUUUGUUUGUUUGUUUCUAAACAAUAGGAAUUUUUAUUGGAAUUACAGCUGUAAGAUUUAUAGAUAACUACAUGUACCAAGAAAAACCAGUAGACUCUCCAUAAACUAAAGGCCCUAGUGAAGCUGACGGGUACAAAGUUAGUCCGUACAGAUUAGGGGACACUGGAUCCAGCAGUCUUCCACAAAGUACAAUGACAGUGGGAGAUUUUUGGCAGCAGCAGGAAAAACGAACAAUGUUUAGGAAUUGAACCAUGAGCACAGGAGACCUCUGUAGGAGAGGACCCAGGCUCUGGACUAGGGGGACUGGACACCAUAGAGGUGUCUCCUGCCCACAUUAACCUAUCAGGACUUUUUCGGCAUUGGUAUAAAGGUGUUUCUGGUUUUGUCUGCUGCUCAUCCCAAGCACUUACAACACAGCCCACAUGGAGACCUGCAGUAAAUCUUUGUGGACUGGAUGACGGGCACAAAGCUAACAAGUCGUGGGCCCUGCCUUUCAGUUGGCAGGCUACUGUGAGACUUUAUGCUGCUCCUGGAUCUAACCACCGCGCUGAUGACUGAUGGUGGGUGACUGUAGUCGAUUUCACUGUUUCUCUGUGGAUGACAUGCCAUAGAACCUGUUCCUCACCAUCUGCUCUUUACUGGGACAUGCAGCUCUGCUCUGCAAGUUGCUCAGAUACCACUUGCUUUUGACUCAAGAUGAUUUGAUGUCUUAUAAUAAAGUUAUUAACCAUGAUGGCUACACAGACAUUAAGCAUAGACAGUUAUCAAGAUGGGCAACAAAUACAAGUAGUAACAGAGUUAAAAACGGAGCAAGAUCCCAACUGCUCUGAACCUGAUGUGGAAGGAGUGAGCCCUCCCCCUGUGGGGUCCCAGACACCGAUGGAUGCAGACAAGCAGGCCAUUUAUAGGCACCCACUCUUUCCUUUAUUGGCUUUGUUGUUUGAGAAAUGCGAGCAGUCCACACAGGGCUCAGAAGGCACAACUUCCGCCAGUUUUGACGUGGACAUUGAACAUUUUGUAAGGAAGCAAGAGAAGGAAGGAAAACCCUUCUUUUGUGAAGACCCAGAAACUGACAAUUUAAUGGUCAAAGCAAUCCAGGUUUUGCGCAUUCAUCUUCUUGAGCUGGAAAAGGUUAAUGAACUCUGCAAAGAUUUCUGCAGCCGAUAUAUUGCUUGUCUGAAAACGAAAAUGAACAGUGAAACUCUCUUAAGUGGAGAGCCUGGAAGCCCGUACUCCCCGGCCCAGUCCCAGCAGAUUCAAAGUGCCAUCACAGGCACACUCAGCCCCCAAGGAAUUGUGGUGCCUGCAUCCGCGCUGCAACAGGGGAAUGUAACUAUGGCAACAGUGGCAGGUGGCACAGUUUAUCAGCCUGUUACAGUUGUCACUCCUCAAGGCCAAGUAGUGACACAGGCGUUGUCACCUGGGACAAUCAGGAUCCAGAACUCCCAGCUUCAGUUACAGUUAAACCAAGAUUUGAGCAUCUUGCAUCAAGACGAUGGCUCAUCCAAGAACAAGAGGGGCGUUCUGCCAAAGCAUGCCACCAGUGUGAUGCGAUCCUGGCUCUUUCAGCACAUAGGGCAUCCCUACCCAACAGAAGAUGAGAAAAAACAGAUUGCUGCUCAGACAAAUUUGACACUACUCCAAGUUAACAACUGGUUCAUCAAUGCUAGAAGACGAAUUCUUCAGCCGAUGUUGGAUUCUAGUUGUUCAGAAACUCCAAAAACAAAGAAGAAAACUGCGCAGAACAGACCGGUGCAGAGGUUUUGGCCGGACUCCAUAGCAUCCGGAGCCUCACAGCCACCGCCCAGCGAGCUCGCCAUGCCGGAAGGAGCUGUUGUGACGAUCACCACGCCCGUGAGCAUGAACGUGGACAGCCUCCAGUCCCUGUCCUCAGACGGCGCCACCCUGGCCGUGCAGCAGGUCAUGAUGGCGGAGCAGAGCGAGGACGAGUCCGUGGACAGCCCCGGGGCUGGCGGGGCCGCGCUCACCCCCACCCACAUCAGCGGGCUGGUUCUGGAGAACAGCGACUCCCUGCAAAACCAUGGCCACUGUGGCAGCAGAUUGUUCCCGAGGGCUGCCCACACUGGGUCAGCUUGGAUGCGGCAUGUCAGGGUUCGAAUUGGCCUGAAUUCAGCUUAUGUGCCCAACGACAAGGCGUGGGCCUCUGCAGCUGAAGGGGCGUCUUAGCCCUAAGCUCUUGUCACUGCCUUCAGGGGCUAGGGCAAAGGUCAUUUAGAGAGAGUGCAGGCAUGGACAGGCGCAGCCAGUGGUUUUAUUAACAUCCUCCCCAUUUAACCACCUGCAUGGCUGUUUGGGUCAUAAAACAACUGCCCGGUGCCCUGGUUGUCAUUUUCCUCCUUAUCAACACCCGUUUUCCAGGCAUCGGAGAGAACCUGUGAAAGUACCUCUUCACUGAAUUUUCACUGUAACAGACAGAUCCUUUGUUGUCCAGUUCUUUCCUUAGGAAGGAUGCUUUUGAAUGUUUUGAGAUCCCAGGUAAGCAUGUUGUCCCUGCUGCUCAGCUGUUGAGCAGAUAGCUGGCCGGCUUUGCUGCACCCAGACAACUCCAACUGAUGGACUAACCCAGCUUCCAGCCUUCGGUUCCAGAUGGCAAGUUACGUUCCAGCACUUACUCCAUAUGCGAAGGAAUCGGUUCUGUGUCACCCUUGGGUGACUUGACUCUGACCUGUGUGAAAAGUGCUGAAGCACAUUUUUUUUUUUUUUUCAAACUUAGACAUACCUGGAAGGUGUGACAGGCCCGUUUUUGGCAGUUAGUGACAGAAAUGACUCAGCAAUCUUCCUUUGUUUUAGUUAUGUUUGGUCUAUGAAUGACAAUCUUUAAAACGUGAAUACUGUAACUAUGUUUUCUUGGAUUGUUGUCUUGAAAAGGGAUUUUUGUGAAGCAAUUGAUUUAUCAAAGCAAAAAAAUUAAAAAUGGAAACACUUUA